AUGUCCCGUUACACUCCUUUGACGAGAGCUUCGACGUUAAUCAUUAAACCUGUCAUUCGAUUGGCUUCACCGUGGCCACAUUCUACUUAUUCCCUGCGAAGGCGAAAGUUUGCGAUGUUUAAUAAAGCAGUUCGCGAACAUACGGCUCCCACAACGGCUUCUAUAAAGGCUUCUUCAAAGGCUCCUGCAAAAGCUGCUGCAAAAGCUCUCUUCCCCACUAUCACUCCUCUAAACAAGCCUGCGCCUGUCUCCUCCAUCCAAACUGCUGGAGUAAAGCGGAAGUUGGAUGUUGUCCAACCCCCGUCAGAGACACCAUUAGGGGUUCUUCACAGCAACGUGUACUUCGAUGAGAAUGAUUUCGAUGAUGAUAUAGAUUUGGAUGAGCCUACUGGCUUUUCGAUAAACGUAACUCAACAAUCACAAACACGAUCCUUGCCGUCCUCACGUAUUCAACCGGUGGAUCCUCUCCCCCUCCCUGAGAAUCCUGCGCCAUCGAGUGAUAAUGCCCCUUCAAGCACUCUUCCCCUUCCGUGGUCCUCUUCUCCCCCUACACAUUUCCUCCCUCCUGCAAAAAAGCGUACACUACCUUGGAAUGAAUAUGGGGAGCCUCCAGCGCCAGCCAGGUCUCGAAACAGACCAGAACACAAAUCUGUCACCCGUACACCAGACAUUAAAAAGCAACCGUCUUUGCCGUGGGAUCAGACUAUGAGCGCUGUAAAAGAACAACAGAAGGAAUUGCGAAAACAACAAAAGACUCGCGUUGGUUCUGAGAAAAACGCUGCCGAAUUUCCCACGAGAGCCCCGAAAGUUCCAUCUAUAUUUUUAAGUGAAGAACAGAAACGAGUAGUCGACGCUAUCGUCCAAGAUGGCAAGAGCAUAUUUUUUACGGGUUCUGCUGGUACGGGCAAAUCCGUUCUGAUGAGGGAAAUCAUCCGAAAAUUACGCGAAAAGUACAAGAAGGAACCUGACCGCAUUGCCGUAACCGCAUCGACUGGGCUUGCAGCAUGUAACAUUGAAGGAGUCACUCUCCACAGUUUUGCUGGUAUUGGAUUAGGAAAGGAGUCCGUUGCCGACCUCGUGAAAAAGGUAAAACGAAAUCAAAAAAAUAAAACCCGUUGGCUGAGGACGAAAGUUCUAAUUGUUGAUGAAAUUUCAAUGGUUGAUGGUGACUUGUUUGAUAAACUUGAGGAGAUUGCUCGUAAAAUCAGAAAUAAUGGGCGUCCAUUUGGGGGCAUCCAAUUGGUUAUUACUGGCGACUUUUUUCAGCUGCCGCCAGUGCCGGACCCUACAAAGCUGGCGAAAUUCGCCUUUUCAGCAUCUACGUGGAAUACCACCAUUCAACACACAAUUCUUUUGACUCAGGUUUUCAGACAAAAGGAUCCAAAAUUCGCUUCUAUGUUGAACGAAAUAAGAUUGGGAAAAUUAAGUCAAGAGACGAUUGAUGCUUUUAAACAACUAUCGCGCCCUCUAAACUUUCACGAUGCACUUGAGGCCACGGAACUAUUCCCCACCCGAUUGGAAGUCGAAAAUGCCAACUCUGCUAGAAUGAACAGACUCUCUGGUGAGACAAUGGUGUAUACUGCCGUUGAUGGUGGAACAAUGCAAAAUGAAGCACAGCGCUCGCAACUUCUUGCAGACUGCGUUACGCCAAUCCUCCAACUUAAAAAGGGGGCCCAAGUCAUGCUUAUCAAGAACAUGGACGAAAGCCUAGUUAACGGGUCUUUGGGCAAAGUUGUUGCCUUUAUGGAUGAAGCUAGGUUUGACUAUUAUAGUAAAAGCGAUGAAAAUUUUGCUGGUGACCAAGGUUAUGCUGAUCGCAGCGCUCAGACUAUGAGCAAACUAAAAUCUUUUGAAAAUAAAAAUGGGACAGUCAACCCGAAAGGAUUGUGGCCUGUUGUAUGUUUUGUCCAGCCAGAUGGAACUGAACGACACCUUCUUUGCCAACCAGAGACGUGGAAGAUUGAACUUCCAAAUGGCGAAGUACGAGCUCAACGAACGCAGGUUCCCCUCAUCCUUGCAUGGGCACUCUCCAUUCACAAGGCGCAGGGUCAAACCUUACAACGAGUUAAAGUUGACCUUGGGCGCGUUUUUGAAAAGGGGCAGGCCUACGUUGCGCUCAGUCGGGCGGUUUCUCAGGCUGGCCUUCAAGUUUCCCGCUUUGAUCCCCGACGAGUUAUGGUGCAUCCCAAAGUCUUGGAAUUUUAUUCGAAUUUAUCCAGCAUUCACAAUAUCAAAACUGCUACCAACACCCUUCCCUACGCCCUUCCCAAUCCUAGCACUGACGCCAACGCCAACACGAAUCAAAGCCGUGAUCAAGUUAAGGUUGUCAAAAGCACGCAUUCGGAGUUAGAUGACGACUUUGAUGAAACGGUUCUGGAGGGAAUAUAUGCAUGA